AUGAACUUGAAUUUUUUCUUUUAAAAAUUUUACGUGAAAAUUCAAUUGAAUAUAAUGCAACAAGAACAAGUUACACUGUUGAUUCAACAUUUAUUCUUAUUGGUGAUGGCAGAAUCGAUUUAUUUGGAAAUUAUAGAUCAAUGAAUUAUAUUAUUCAAGUUAAAAAUAAAGCGGAAAAAUAUAAGAGUUAUUUAGAAGAAAAGAGAUAUAGAGUUUAUCGACUACUUGAAGCAUCUCUUUUUCUUGAAGAUGAAUUAAAACUUUUUUGCAAAGAUCCAAAAAAUAAUGCUUUGUUUUUUCAAUAUGCAAUUCUUAAUUUUUACAAGAAGCAAACUGCAGAACUUAAUGUGAUUGAUCAAGAAGCAGAGACUUACAGUGACGAAUAUUUAAUUGAGUUAUCUAAUUUUUAUAAGAAACUAAUCGAUAAAAUUUAUCCAUCUCAUAUUAAAUUUGAAAAUAAUUAUUUAGUUGAAGAGUAUGAGAAAAAUUAUUUUGAAAAUUUAUUAACUGAUAUUACUAAUAAUAUUUAA